UGUGAAGAAGGACCGAGCAAACCUGCCAGACCAGCUCCCCGCAGAUAAACAAAUGUCGUAUUCUUUCGACACGCCCGACGCCGUUUCGCCUCAGACGGCUGAUGAUGGUGUUGGCUCGGCAUUUGAUUCUCCAGUCUUCACAGGAAGCCUGAAUGCAACUUUUGGGUCUCACCCGAUUUCUUAUACAGAAUCGCCGGUGCCGAUCCACGUCUCUUUUGGUGAAUUCUCUCCUGAUCAUACGGAAAAGCUCUCCGAUUCUGGGUUUGCUUCAUCGGAUGGCCAGAUUCUGCCGCCUCCGUCGGAGAUGAAUCAUAUGGAGUGUUCUGUUCUCGGAGAAUGGAGAAGACAGAAUGCAGUUAGAAUUGAGGAGAAAGAGAGAAAAGAGAAAGAAUUGUUGAGCCAGAUCCUUACUGAAGCUGAUGGGUAUAAGGUUGAGUUCUAUAAUAAAAGACAGAUCAACUAUGAGGUCAACAAAUCUACAAACAUGGAAAAGGAGAAGUUAUUUAUUGUCAACCAAGAGAAGUUCCAUGGUGAGGCAAACAAGAACUACUGGAAUACAAUUGCAGAGCUCAUCCCUAAUGAAAUGCCAGCAGCUAUAGAGAAGAGAACGAAGAAAAAUGAACAUGAGAAGAAACCCGCCAUUGCUGUGGUUCAAGGACCAAAACCCGGAAAGCCAACAGACCUUGCAAGAAUGAGGCAGAUACUCUUAAAGCUGAAGCACAAUACGCCUCCUCACUUGAAGUAUUCACCACAAACUGCUACUACUUCAACUGCUGCUACUCCGCCUAGCCAUGUUGAGACGGUUGUUGUAGCUUGAUUAUCACUUAUGUGCCUUUUUUUGAACAUUUCUAUAUUGUGUAAACAAUAUUGAUCAUCUCUCGGCUUCUCUUUUCUAUUUAUGGUCAUGAAAUAGAUAGAUGUUAGUAAGUUAUUAGCCAUAGUAUGUUUAUACAAUGCACUUCAUUGGCACAAACAAUUCCUUUUUCUAUUUUCUUUUUGGUAACUAAGGUUUCUAGGCCGGUUUUUAUGCAUCUCAA